UCGUUGAAAAGUGUGGAGAACGGAAUUUCAGAACAGAGCAGAUUAUUGGAAAUCUCUAUAAGAAUUUCAGCUCUUUCGAGGACAUGACUUUUAUUAGUAAACGUCUUCGCAAAAUAUUAGCAAGUGAAUUUGAAUUCAGCGGGAACUGUUAAGAGAGCCUAUAAGUUAUCCUCUGGAGAAAUUAUAGAAUCGGUUUUAAUGCCGUUCGAAGGAAGAUUCACAGCUUGCAUAAGCUCACAAGCCGGUUGUGCUAUGAAUUGUAAAUUUUGUGCGACUGGACAAAUGGGUUUUCGCAGGAAUCUCACUUCUGACGAAAUUUUUGAGCAAGUCGUCGUCUUCCAGCGUAUUCUUUCCCCCGACUACCGCAUUUCCAACGUGGUUUUCAUGGGUAUGGGGGAGCCAUUUGCAAACUACAAAAAUGUGAUGAAGGCCUGUGCGAAAAUUACCAGCGCCCUUAAUAUUGGACAAAGACAUAUUACCAUCAGCACUGUCGGUAUUGUUCCAAAAAUAUUGCGUUUUGCACAAGAAAAGUUUCAGUACAAAUUAGCUAUAAGCUUGCAUAAUCCCUUCACGGAAGAAAGGAAGCAAAUUGUACCAAUUACUAAGAAAUAUUCAGUCGAGGAUCUUUUUGAAGCCUGUUAUUCUUACUGCCGGCAAACCAACAGGCGCAUCACUUUUGAGUAUUGCCUGAUUCCAGGCAUCAACGACCACGAGGAGCACGCGCGAAAACUCGCUUCCUUGUUAACGCCCAUAAAACUAUUAUACCACAUUAACUUAAUUGCUCUUAAUGCUACUCCAAAAUUUAAAGUAAAUUCUAAAGAUGUAGAUGUGUCUGUUAAAAAAUUUACCGCUUUCUUGAAUAAAUUUUACGUUAAUAAUGUCACUGUGCGCUCUAAAAGGGGAAUUGACAUUGCAGCAGGCUGUGGACAACUGGGGGCGGAUUGAAAGAGACGA